AUGUUAUUGUCAAACGGUUCUUUAUUCUUUGUCCAGUUCACAAUGUUCGGUUGUGGUGGGACAGCCAUAGGAAUUUGCAUCAGCCACAAGAUUUCCGAUCUAGCGACCUUCCUCACAAUCCUUCAGAGCUGGACCGCCGCCUGUCGGGGAGCUGGAGAUCCGUAUGUUCCCGACUUAGGCCUCGCCUCUUCCCUUUUACCUCCACGAGAAAUUCCGGUGAUGUCCGCUUCUGUCAACAUGGCAGUCGACAAGUUCACGACCAGACGGUUCGUUUUCAGUCCUUCCAUGGUGGAAGCACUCAAGCGCGGAAUAGAAACCGCUCUCGGAAAAGACAACGAUCAGUUUCGCCCGUCGCGCGUCGAGGUAGUGCUUGCGUUGAUUUGGAGAUGCGCAGUGCUAUCUCACAGUUCCAAAACGGGGUUGUUCAAGCGGUCGGCCAUGUUCCAAGGCGUGAAUCUCCGUCCCCGAAUGGAGCCUCCGGUGCCGGCGACGGUGAUCGGGAAUCUCGUGUUGCCUUUCGUGGUGAUGGUGGAGGAAGAGAAGGAGAUGGAAUUGCACGAGGUGGUGAAGAAGAUGAGGAAAGGAAUGAAGGAGUUCAUAGAGAAGAAGGCAAGAAAGUUCAAAGAAGGAGAUGGGGUUGAAGCAGUAAUGGAGUUUCUGAAGGAGAGAGGAGAGAUGAUGAAGAAGAAGAAGGAGGAGACAGUGGUUUAUAAGUGUUCGAGUUGGUGUAGGUCGGCAUUGUACGACGUGGAUUAUGGGUGGGGGAACCCUGUGUGGAUGUCGAGUGUGAACAAGAUGGUGAGCAAUACAGUGGCUUUGCUGGAUUCCAGAGAUGGUGGGGUUGAAGCCCUGGUGACUCUGGACGAGCAAGAGAUGAAGAUCUUUGAACAUCAUCAAGAGAUACUUCAUUAUGCUCAGCUUAAUCCCAGCAUGGUUCUUCCACCUUCUAAGCCUAAACCUUUUAUCAGUGCAUCACUGUGA